AUGGAGCAUCAAUUAUACAGCAAGUGGGUGUUUUGGUUUGAUGGAUUUAGUAACAAGACGCAGGGGAGUUACGGAGCGAACAUUGUCGAGAUGGGUGAUGUGACGACCGCCGAAACUUUUUGGGGAGUUUACGACGCAAUACCUCUAUUAUCGAAGAUGGAGAACGGGAGUGAUGUUUCGUUGUUUAAAAAAGGGAUUAAACCGAUAUGGGAAGAUGACAUGAAUGUUGGAGGUGGGAGAGUGCAAAUAAUACUGAUUGGUGCCAACUGGGAAAGCACACAGAAGUAUUGGCGAGACGUUUUACUCACUUUGAUAGGAGAGACUAUGCCUGAUCCCGAGUACGUGAAUGGGGUAGCAUUCUCUGUCAGACAACAUUGCAAGAUUUCUGUGUGGGUAGAAGCAAAAGGGCAAAGUGUUGUGAAGAAUAUAGCAAAGAAGUUGAAAGAAAUAGUCAAUAUCGAAGGUGCUACAGUUAUGUAUUACCCACAUGAUUCCACUUUGGAGCCUAUCAUUUGUUGA